AUGAUCAAAAAGCAGCAUCCGGUAUCAUUCCUGCAAGUAGCCACUCUCGCAGCGUUCGCUUUGACCGCAAGGCAUUCGCAUUUGCCAUUCGCAGUCGAUGUUGCAAGAAGCACAUCUGGCACACAUGGUGUGCAGGAGGUGUUCUGCAUCAACUUAGACCAGCGACCUGAGUGCUGGGACUUCAUGCGGGAGCAAUUCAGGGAGUUACAGCUGGCAGCGACCAGGUGGGCAGCUGUGGAUGGUCAAGAGUUGGACUUAGCGCUGUUGGCUGAGAUCGGGUUAGUCAACCCGGCUGCAUUGAAGCGAUACUUCCUGCCAGAUGAGAGCAAACUGGUCGGCAUCGACCUCACAGCAGGGAGUAUGGGCCGGGCUUUAUCGCACAUGCAAGUGUGGAAGCAUGUCAUCAUGAAGUAUGGGCAGACAGAGGACGACCGGGCCGUCCUCGUUGUGGAGAAUGACUGCAAGUUUUUGGCCAACUUCCGCACCAGAUUGGACAGCGCCUUGUCGCAGGUCCCAGCAGAUUGGCAGAUCGUCUUUCUGGGUGGAGAAGAUCUGAUGCAACAGCAAGGGCGGCUGGAUGUGACAGAAGGUAUACGCCGCCUAUACCACGGGUUUCGAGAGACAACAGCUUAUUUGGUCACUGUCAACGGCUGCAAGGCUUGCUUAGAAGUGACUGUACCGCUGUCCUGGCAAAUCGAUACGCAUCUUACUGAGAAUGAGGUUCAGUACGAUGGUGCGCCAGCCUAUACAACAAAGCCGUUGGGCUACUGCUGUUACCCUCCUCUGGUGAGGCGUCAGAAGCGCAAGGUUACCACCACGGAUGUCAAGAAGCAGGAGCAUUCCUAG